UAUUCGCCCACAACUUCACUUCGGUCAACUUCGUCAUUAGUGGUGAUCGAAACUCCGAUGUGUGUGGAAGUGGUUUUAACUUUUCUAACACAGUCUCACAAAAUAACAGUAACUAAAGUAUAGAUUCUUAUUCGAAACGUGUUAGAUAAACAUUUAACGUGUCAUAAGUUGUAUUAAUAUUAUUCAAAAUGUGUGAUACUACCAAUCCUUCGACACAAAGUAUAGCGGACUACUUAGCUCAGUUGCUCAAAGACAGGAAGCAACUGGCUGUGAUCCCGAAUGUUUUCAUGCACAUGGAACGACUUCUGGACGAAGAAAUAGCAAAAGUACGAGCCAGUUUAUUCCAAAUAAAUGGUGUCAAGAAAGAACCUCUUGUAUUACCAGAAGCAGACGGCAUGGUCACAACACUAACAGAAAAAGUAUAUGUGCCAGUAAAAGAACAUCCAGACUUCAACUUCGUAGGAAGAAUUUUAGGGCCCAGAGGCAUGACUGCGAAACAAUUAGAACAAGAAACAGGAUGCAAAAUAAUGGUCCGAGGCAAAGGAUCAAUGAGAGACAAGAAAAAGGAAGAUGCAAACAGGGGUAAACCAAAUUGGGAACAUUUAGCUGACGACCUACAUGUUCUUCUCACAGUCGAAGAUACUGAGAACCGAGCCAAGAUUAAGCUCGCCAGAGCCGUGGAGGAAGUGAAACGUCUCCUUGUACCCCAAGCUGAUGGCGAGGAUGAAUUAAAAAAGCGUCAGUUAAUGGAACUGGCCAUCAUAAAUGGCACAUAUCGCGACUCGAGUGCGAAAGCCGCCAUGCCAGUCAACGGUCAGUGUAUCAUAAGGGACUUCACAGCUGACGAGGAGUGGAGGAGGGUCGCCGCAGCUGCGGCAGCCGAAACCCAGCGGCUUCUUGGUCCUGGUGGUGGCGUCGCCGGAGUUGGCGGCGUACCAAUACGCACUUCCGCCCCUCUGGGAGCUCCGCUUAUACUCUCGCCGCGUAUAUCGGCUGCGCCAGGCACACAAGCCGGGUUGCUGAACGGCACUGGCGCAGGCGCAGCGGCUGGGCUGCUUUCUCCGGGCGAACCAGCGCAUCAGCUGAUAUACGCCUCGCCGUAUGCCGAUUACGCAAACUACGCGGCCUUGACGGCGGCAGCCAGCCCUCUACUGACGGCUGAAUACGCCGCUGCAGACCAUACGGCGUCGAGAUAUCUACUCGCUGGCUUUUGACAAUGGCCGCAAUACCAUCAGCCGACAUUAAGAUACGACCGGCAACAUCACGCACCGUAUCGUUCUACGCAUCACUAUUACCGUCCUUGAUUUAAUAAGCUUCUCGAAUUCACAGGACGUAUAUUAUACAGUCAUAAUAAACGCCAUCAAAUAAUAUUAGAUUAAGAUUUAUUGUUUUAAGUACGAAUAGUUUAAUGGAACGAUCAUUUUGUACCUACAAUAUUUUUGUCUAUAUUUUUACGACCAUUGUUUUUUUUCUAUAACUGUUUGUACAGUUUUAUACAAAGUAUAUUUUGUUUUUAAAUAGUAAUCAAAAAUAUUUAUUAUUAUUUGCAGUUUUACGAUUUAUUUAUUUUUACAUUUUAUAUUAUUUAUUGGAAGUUCUAUAUCAUCGUUGCCUCGUAUUAGGGUUGAUGGCAGUUAUUGCAUAAUUGUUUUAUAAAUAGAAAAUAAUUUUAGCGUAAUCUAAUUGAAACUGCCAACAUAACUCUUUAAGUUACCGAGUUUCUUAUACAAAGACAAAGUUUAUAUAAUUAUACUUUAUAUAUUUAUUCAUCUACAUCAUUACAUACUUUUUCUAUGGUGAUAGCUCUAUAGAGUCCAUUGUCUAUUGUAGUUCUUGUGAUAGCCCUUGCUUGUAACACAACUAAUCUAUUAACUUUUUAGUAACUGUACAUCACAAAGUUACAUAAUAUACCGUUUAGCGUUUUCACGAACAAUUUGUUCACCAUAUUGCAUGUGGUUUUUAUACUAUUUCUAUUUCCAAUGUUUAUAAUAUUUUUAUGUGAAUAACAGUUCAUAUUCUCGUAUUAACAAACAGAAUCUCUGAAUGUUGAAGUGGUUUGCAUACAUAAUUCAGCGAUUACAAGCAAAAGGGACCAAAUACGAUUUGAACAUUACAAAGGAACAACACAUUCAUAUUUUAACUUUUUAACAACACUUACAAAAUUAAUAAUAAACAAUAUACACACAACAUAAUGAUCAAAUAUAUGGAACAUUCUAGGCGGUUAUAAUGUUUAUGUAUUGUAACAAUGACAUUUGUUGUCGUAAACUCAUUACUGUGUUAUUGUUACAAUUACUUAUUACAUAAUUUAUUAAUUUAUUAGCCAUAUUAUUAUAUUUAUAAACAUACCAUAGGUUAAGUAUUAUUAUUAUCUUAAAAAGAUUUUUAGCUAGGUUAGGAAAGAGUGAGCUUUAUGAAAAUAUAUUAUACAUCCGUAUAUUAUUGUGUAGGUUUAUUAAACCACAGUUGACACUGUAGAGUCAUUUUAUUUAAAAUGAAAUUAAAGCCAGACAUUACCUGUACCUUACCGGGUUUACCCGAGGUUAAAUGUUUUAUUUUGUUAUUAUUUCCAAAGCAAUAAAAUAGGUAAUCUUUAGGCGUAAGCGUUAUAAUAGAGGUUAGUGUUGCUGCCAAAAUGCAUGCGAUCUUUUAAAUUUUAUUGUAGUAUUAGAUUGGUUCGAUUUCAGUAGUAUUUUUGGCAGGAACAGACAAAUAGGUGUUUGCGUUUGUUAAUUGUACUACACAGUUUAUAAGAACUCGUCAAUAUUGAGAUUAAAUUUCUUUCCAGCAUUUAAGCGGAAUAUAGUCACCCAAGGCCAAGAAUUUAUUAUGGCUUGUAUUUUUCAGCUUUAAUAUUAAAUGGAAUUUGCCAGUAACACACAUAUAUAGUAAUUUUUUUUUGGUACUUGGGUGUGCAUCAGUGUUAAUUGAAGGUUUAAAUUGUUCUGUUAAGGCACAGAUGUUAAAUAUAUAUAUGCCGUUAGGUGUGGUGAGGAGGACGGGCCGGCUCACGCAAGUGCGGGAGCACCCUUACCAGCGCACUGCCUUGCCGGCCCCUUAAUACCCGCCAUAACGCUCUCACGCCGCCAUUUUGUUUACAAGGUGAGAAGCGCGCGCGCACGCAUGUUAUUAUGAUGAAUACGUUUGCUUGCAUUGUAGAUUUGAUUGGUGUUGUACCCACCAAAACUCGGAACUUCCAUUAGAAUAGAAUCUCAUUAUUGGAGUAUUUUUUCAAUGAGUUGUUAAGGUGGAACAAGAUGGAAGUUCUGCGUUCUUUUACAUCACAAUUUAUAAAAGUAUUCAAAGUCAUGCGAUUUAUUUUUCUAGCAAUCAUAUUCGUCAAGAAUGCGUGGGUGCCUCUGCUUUAUUAUCACUGUGU